ACUAGUAUCUCUAUUUGGAGGCCGCUCCCCUUCAUGCAAACCAUGCAAAACAUGUGCUAUUAUAGGUCAUUGGAGUCCGGUUACAACUGUGGAGGAAGAACACUCCUUACAAACAGGUUCUGAGCUGCUGGGAACGCCCUUGGACACGAAACCACCUGCUUUAUAAAGAUCCGACAGAGGACCAGAGAGAGUCAAAACAAAAACGAAAAGGAACAGGCACAAGAACAAACAAGAUAACUGCCGAACUCUCCCACAGCUUGGAACACGGGAAGCUGCACUGACACGAAAAAACAUCAAUCAGUCUCUACUGCAGCAUUAAAAAAGGAGGGGCCACUUUCCAAAGCGAUUAGAAAAUAAUUAGAGAAGGGUUGCACAAAUAGAUAAACAAACUAUCCAGCUCCGAUUGACAGUUACAACUGUUAUUUCUGAAAUAAGUUUGAGAAUCAACAACAGAGUCGAGAAAAUGAUGCAAAUCUCAGAAUCCCACCUGCAGAAGAACUCCCUGUUCAACUCCAUGAAUCGCUUCAUUGGAGCCGUCAAUAACAUGGACCAGACGGUGAUGGUGCCCAGCCUGCUGCGGGACGUCCCACUGGAAGAAGAGAGGGAGAUGGCCGCCCUCAAAAGCUCGGGAAACAGCGACAUCGAGGACGGCGACAUGUACAGCUACUACCAGCUCCUGAAGUCCAUCCGCUGCGACAUCGAGUGGGGAGUGAUGCGCGCCGAGAAGCUCAAGGAGAGCCGGGGUCCCAGCUCUCGGAUUGAUUCCGAGGAAGAAGAAUCGGAGGUGUCGUCCGAGGAAGACGAGGUUAACCUGCAAAAGCAGUUCCAGUUCCACAUGACAGGGCUUCACGGGGUGCUGUCCAAGCUGACGCAACAGGCCAACACUCUCACCAACCGCUACAAGCAGGAGAUCGGCAUUGGAUGCUACUAAAGUGUAGCGUAUUGACCCGAGCGAACCCGCAUUCCCUGAUGAUCGAUGUUGUAUUAUUUAGCGCAAAGGAGUUGAACUGAACUGAAUAGUCUAUUACUUAUGACAUUCUUUUGAAUAGAUGGAGAGAGAAAGAAAAAAAGAGAUGUAAUAUUUAACCUUUGUUGAUCCAAAGAAAUGGUGUGGUUGAACUGCAAUGUGGUAUACCUGGGUUCCAUUACCCCCUGUUUUGCACUCGGUUUUUCGCACUGUCUAUGUUUUAUGAGCCGUGUUCAACCUUGACCCAUGCGUUCAGUUCAAGUGGUACACAUAUAAUGCAUAUUUAUACUUUUAUUUAAUAUUGAUGUAUAACUUAUUACCUCAUACUGUAUGUUUGAGAGCUGUAUAUUUCCUGGUUGAAGAAGUGCAUGACCGCAGACAUUUGGCUACAUUUUGAACAUCCCAAUAAGGGAUAAAUGCGCAUAGGAUAUAGCAUGUCUAAUGAUGCCAAUGUGUCAAAUAGUCUGUACAGAUUUUGUACUUCUUCCUAUUGUGUCUUUAUUAUGUGCUUAGCUAAAUGGAGGAGGCUUGACAGAUUCUUGCCUAUGAUCCCAAUGCUACCCUAUAUGAUCAAUGAACUGGAAUCAACAGAUGGUUCUUCUGAAAUAAUGAAUGAUUCAAAGAGAUCAUGUUAUUAUGGUGUUAUUGCCAUGGUAAUUAUGGAGAGGUGAAACUCUAAGACCAGCUAUUUAAUGUAGUAUUUUAUGCUUCGUAUUGAAUAUAUUUGUAUGGAGAAAUAAACUUGUUUUUAUAACUGAAA